GGGUCGUGACACAUGGCUCAUAUUUGCAGACAGGCAGUCAUUUCUGGAUGUGUUUAAGGACUACUGUGUCCAAGAAGGGUUUGGGGUUUAUGUAGAAAAGAGUGACCCAACAAGAUUGAUAGCAAGGUGUGCUAUUGACACAUGCAACUGGAGGAUUCAUGCCUCCACUAUGAAAGACAAGAUCAGCUGGGCAAUCAAGUCUCUAACAGGAGAGCAUAGUAGUUGUGGGAGAUUGGAAAUAAAUCCAAUUGUGAGUUCUCAGUGGCUGUGUAGGCAUCUUCAGUCAGACAUUCAUGCCAAUCCUGACAUACCAGUUGAUGCAUUACAGAAACUUUGUAUGGAAAGGUUUAGGCUACAAGUGAAGAAAAGGUUGUUGUACAAGGUGAGGGCAAUGUCCAAGGAGAUUAUCCAUGGUGGUUAUGGGGAGGCCUACUCAGUGUUGCCUAGGUAUGCUGAAAUGGUGAAGGAGACCAACCCAGGUAGUUAUGCCCUGGUCACAUGGGGUGAGGCCACUGCAACUGAGCCCCCAAGGUUCAAGGGCUGUUUCUUUUCUUUUGCUACCCAACUAAGGGGAUUCUUGAGAGGAUGCAGGCCAUUCAUUGGCAUUGAUGGAGCCCACCUGAGUGGACAUUUCAAGGGCAUUCUGCUAACUGUUGUUGGGAUUGAUGGGAAUAAUGAGAUUUUUCUCAUUGCAUAUGGAGUGGUGGGUUCUGAGAGUAUUGACAGUUGGGGCUAUUUUCUUAGGAAUUUGAGGUGCUUGUUUGAGAAAGAAGGUUGUAGGAGAGAUGAUUGGACCUUCAUCUCUGACAGAAUGAAGGGGGUUGACACAGCAAUUAAUGAGACAUUCCCUAGAGCAACAAGAAGAGUGUGUUGCCAGCACCUAUACAUGAACUGCAAGGCUAAAGGAUUUAGUGGUUCAGCAUUUCACAAGCUGUUCUGGAUAGCUGCUGAUGCAUACAACGAGUAUGUGUUCAACAAGGCAAUGCAAAAGAUAAAAGAAUACAACCCUAAGGCUGUUGAGUACUUAGAGAGUUGCACUGAGGUCUGGUCAAGGCAUAAGUUUGAUCCUGCCCUCUGUUGUGACCAUAACACAACAAAUUUUGUGGAGUCUUUCAACUCAUGCACCAAGCCAUACAGAGAUUUACCAGUUCUGAAAAUACUUGAAGCUAUAAGGCAAUGGGUGAUGAAGAGGAUUGGCUCAAGGUUUGACAAAUCACUAACCAUGGGGGAUAUGGACCUGACUGAGUAUGCAGACAAGAUUCUACAAACAAGAUCAGAUGAGUCAAGGUUAUGCUAUGCUAUUCCCUGUGGUGGGGAUGAAUUUGAGGUCAGAGACCAACAUGUCCAUUUUCCCAUCAAGCUGAGCACUGGCAUAUGUGGUUGUGGGAAAUGGCAGCAUUCUGGACUUCCAUGCAAACAUGUGCUGAGGGUCAUAUACCACCAGAGGCUGCAACCAGCAGACUUUGUAGCCCCCUGUUUCAAAGGGAAGGCAUACAAGCUCACUUAUGCAGAGCAUAUGCACCCUAUGCCUGACCCAUCACAAUGGCCAUCCGGGAACCUACCUGGCAUAUUGCCCCCUUUGGUGAAAAGAGCUGCAGGGAGACCAAAGAAGCAAAGACAAAGAGGGCCAAAUGAAUCUAGGAGAGGGAAGAGGCAUGCAACAGUAAAGUGCAGCUUAUGCAGUGAGUUGGGACACAACAAGGUCACUUGUUCAUCAAGGAAGAAAAGGGCUGCAACUGAAGCAAGCACAUCAGCCACCACCUCUCAAGCCAACAACAGAAAAAAGAAAGCAGCAUGAAUGCAAAGUUUCUCCUGUUUUUAGUGCACACCCAGUUUCUCCAUGUAAUUUUUGAAGAUUGACAGUGUUGUGUGUGCUAUUUUGUGUAGUAUUUUUUACUAUAAACUUGUAAUUAAACAGGAAGCAUCUUUUGGGUACAUGAUUUGAACAGGAACCAAAUUUUUUGGGCACAAAAUAUAACUUCAGUUUUUAUUAAAUUUCAAUCCAAUUACACAAUAGUUUACUUCAAUAUUACAAACAUCACUACUACACAAAUCAGUACCCCUAAUUUAAUUAUACAAUCCACGACUUUCUGAUGUUGCUUGAUUUUCUUCUUCAACAGUUUCAAUUCUUCAUGUACAUUGCUUUGGCCUGACCCAUCCCUUGCAUAACAGCUUCCCCUGCUCUGACUUCCCAUGCUUUGACCUUCUUCAUGCAUCACAACCUUGCACCAUUUGAAGCUAUCACAUGCAUCACACUUAUAAUAAAGCCUUUGGGGAUUUGAUGUUGAUUCUGAGCUUCUAAUUGCAUAUUUUCUAACACAAUUGCACAAUUUAUUUGGAACCCUCACAUACGCAUACUCAUGUUUUGAAGAGGAUGUGUUUGACAUGAAGCUCAUGAUUUUGCAAAAAUCAUUUCCUACAACAGUUGUAGUCUACUGUAUAUAUAACAAAUGCGGUGCAACGGCUAUUAUGUCCAAAAAAAAUUUAAAAAAACUCAAACUAACUAGUCGUUACACCUUCAUAUGAACAGAGGUUUUUCUGGGAAACAAAACAUAAAAGUAAUGGCAUUUGGUGAAAUAUAUAAACUUCUCAAUGGCAUUUCAUGAAUUAAGAAUUUCAUUAACGGCCAACUAACGUCCUGGCAUCAUUAAUGGCACGUUGUGUUAAUAUACUAGUUGUCAAUGGCAUUUGGUGAAUUCUGAAAAGUUCGAUGGCAUUUGAUGAAUUUCGUAAUUUGUCAGUGGCAUUUGGUGAAAUAGCCGUAGAUUAUAUUUAUAGAGUAGCAAGUAAUAUGCAAGAAAAACAAGGUUUGGUUUAUUGGUUGGAAUU